AUGGCAGCACCUUCAUCCCAGGAGUUUUCUACUUCUUCUUCGGACCUGCCUUCGUGGUCCGCGCUACGCUGUCUGUUUACCGCCGAGCUGCGCGACGAACCUACAUUCGUCCAGGAAGUUUCCAGCCUACUCCAGCGUCGAGUCCAUAAUCAGAUUUCCGCGCAGGCAAAAAGCAAAAAGCUUUCACUGUUGAGCCGGGGAACUACUGCAGGGGACGCUGCAAAAAUCUUCGUAGAGGCAGACGGGGGACAGCAUUUCGCCCAGGGUAUCAAUCUACUUGCAGUUAUUUUUGUGCCGUCUCCUCAUCAUCUACGAUGCGCAUGAGCAUUGGGAUCGGGUCUUAAACUUAAUAGUAACCGCCUGACGUCGUCGAGCCGUCAAUGAAAUUGUAAUGGUGCUCGACCUUUACUAACUUUAUUUUGGCUUUAGUUACGCCGCGACACAAAUAAAUUCUGAACCAACGUCCUAACAGGUGCACCUGGUUCGGGUUCGGGGUUUCCACCUGCAGCGUCAGCUACCGCACCAACUGCACCGAUUUCAUCUCCUCCAGAACAUCAAGAGGUAAGCGACAAAGCUCGCCCCACAACGUAUGCUCGGUUUCACGCGGUGCUCGCUCGUCUCAAGAACUAUCGCGAGGACGGCGAUGUUGCGCAGACUAGCAAAGACAAAACUGCCGGCUUCACUGCUGCUGCCGCUCCUGACGAAGCGACUCAGUCGCGCCAAGCUCAAGCUCCUGGCGUUGUAGGAGGUGUGCUAGCGCCAGCAGCAUUGGAAAGGCAGUUCCCAUUCUGCGAGGAGGCCCACAAGUUUUGGACGGCAUUCGAGGACACGGCGGCCGGCGAGACCAAGGAUGGCGGCUUUGAUUACCUCGCUUUGCCGCAAAAUGAAGUCGACGUUCUCUUCUACACGACGCAAGCCGAACGCGAAGAGUGGCUUUCGAGUCUAGAAAGCAAAAGCACAAGGUUUGCCGAAGCCCGGGAAAUUGAAAGGAACAAAAAUCUGGCAGAUGAUCCAGCACCUCCUGGAACGAAUGCUCGCAGCAUACUAGCUAUUUCCGAAGAUGAAACCGACGAACCUCGGCUGCGCUCAUCCACAAACCAUUCGCAACGACUACUGCAACAGGAGAUCGGGAAAGUUGUGGCUGCGAAAAAGAAACUCGAAGAGGAAAAGGCGAUCGCUGAUUCGCUAGAAAACAACGCGGAUAAGGAUCAUGUUGAGAAAAUAACCGUUUCUGCGUUGCCUUUGCACACAGCAUUCCCGCCGCCAGCUCGCCAGGAUUUCUUUUCUGUCGUGAUGGAGGCAGCAGCCAGAAAUCGAGCGCGCACUGCAGCUGCGGCAGAGAAAGAAAACGACCUCGACGCGGCCGCACUCAACGAAGCAAAAGGUGAAGCUGAUGAAGGACAAGAUGCGAAAACAACUUCAGAUGGCAACACUGAAGAAGAAGAGCGAGAACACGUAGAAGCGUUAGCAUCUGAUCAUCCACCAGCAGCCGGUGGAGUAGAAGUAGCAGAGCCGAGACAGGACGUCGUGGCUGCUUGUUUGCACAAAGAAGAUGAGGAAGAGCGACCAUCAUGUGCAGAAGAAGGCGGUGGAUCUCGAUUCUGUGGAGGAGCUCCUGGAGACGUGGUCGAGCUGCAGAAUCAGGUAAACAAAGCCGGCAGCAAGCCCGACUCGUGCUCCCUUGCUGUUCGGGAUGAUGAAAUUGUGGCUGCUACAACGGAAUCAGGAUCAACAAAGCAUCAGUACCAGCAGCGUGGCGCUGCCGUACUAACGCAAAAAGUUCAGAACAGGUCAGUUUCGUUUUCGUCGCGGUCACGAUUUCUUCAACAGCUAUCUUCUAGCAGAAUUGGUUCUCCUCCGGGAAAGCGACACGGAGCCUACCGGUUUCAGCGCUCCUGCAUUUCCACAACGAGACUGCGGGAUCGAGCUAUGCGUGCUGGAAGGCGCUCUGGACCAGAGGGAGAAACGACCCACAACAGGGAUGCGGAUCCUGUGAAUGAUCCUGCUGCUGGUCUUUGGGCCACGUGCAGGUCCAGCACUGAUGCUGCUAAUAUUAUCGUUGGCGACGAGACAGCAGCGGCUGCAACAUCGGUCAUGAUGUCCGCGGCGGAACGAAAGAAAACUUUCGAAGCAGCAGCGCCGUGGUUACGAGGAAAUCGCAUCUUUGACGAACACCUGGAACUGCUUCGGGCCGCCGAAACCCCCUCAGCAGGAAGCGCGGACGCGCUUCGGAACAACUACCCCCAACUGUCUCAAGCGUACGAGAAUAGGGCGAAGGCAGAAGUGCUGCACAAGAUCGAUUUUCUCUUGGGACGACAGUGUAACGGACGAGGUGUGAGAAGGCCGCGCACGCCACGAGGAACAGCGACACACAGUGCAGAGGACGAAAGCGAGCAUUUUUCUGUUUCUAUGAAAUCUGCCCGCAGCAGCAGCCAAUCGCUCUGCGCUUUGGUGCCGCAGGAGGCGCGACUCCAAUUUGAGCGAGAAUUCGAGCGCUCGUUCCGCGCGCGGGCGCUCCGCGAACACCACAUUCUGCUGCCGAAAGGGUUACUGCCGAAGAUCUUACAACUCUCCUCAACAAAAAACAUGGCGGGGAACAACGUGAGUGCUUCGGUUUCUUCGAUGGCGGGAACUCUGGGGAGGACCUGCGAAGGUGUGAAAAACGCUUCAGCCUCCAGAGCCACCAAUACGGACGUUGUUCAGCUGCGCGACGAAGGGAUCAUGAACUGCAGUUCGAUCUCGCCCAGGGAUCAUGACGGCAAAGGAACAAUGAGCGUGCGGCAUCCUGCUGGUAGCUCGUCUUCGGCAUGUGACGAAGAUGCUCACGUCAAAAUUGCGGGACAGAAAAAUGAAACUGCUUCUAGGAUCCCUAGCCUCGCAGACCGGAUAGCGACUCUUUUGGACGAAAGUCCACUGCUCCGACAAGAACCGCCAAGAAGCCACAUCGCAAGCACGAGCUCGAAAAAGGCCAUGGUCACAGCGGGACCAGUUGCACGUUCAGGAGAACAAGCAAAGCGAAAGGCACCGGCGCAAAAUCAGGAGCAAUUAGCUUCGUCCGGUGCAGCAUCUCUAUCUUUCGGUUCACAGCCGUUCCCGCCGGCGAAGAAAGCGGCGCCACAUCAUAAGUCAUUGAAUACUCAGGACUACAAGCAGAACUACGACGACAGUGGUCCACCUACAAGUAGGUCUUGUUGCAACUACUCCUCGCAAGAGCCAACGGAAUCGCUUGUGGUGCAGCAGUCUCAACACGAUGCUGUGGUCGUCCGCUCAUCGCUCUACUCGCCAACGUCGAGCAGUAGCGCUUCUAAUUGUAGCUUAAGCGCGAAUUCUUCAAGUUACACGAGUACCGCCCGAACCUGUCGAAGCCAAGAAGGCUCCACCUACGACACCAGAGGGCCACGCGGGACGAGAGGAGAAAGGAAAUCCGAGGAUACCGUAAUCAAUGCUUUCAUGGAAGCAAUAACCUCAACUGGUGGAGGUCAUGCUUUCGACCGGCAAAAGCGGAGGCACCAGCACACGGCGCGAAAAAUCAUUCGAGCCACGGAUCUGUUCCUCCGUGAUGACACGGGCGCCACGGCCGCGUGGCAUCAGGAUUUGCGGGCGCGCUGCACCGCGCCACAUAAAAAUCAUGUUCCGGUACAUCCGCCUGCUCACAACUCAAGUGGUAGAAGGAACACCAGCAGCACAGCAACGAGCACUGGACGAGAAGAUGCAGCUCCGGUCGUCGUCUUAGAGCCACCGCCAGCAAAUAACGGUAGGAGUGUGAAUCACCUCCCCACCCCUUUGAAUCACCUCCCCACGCAUCACCCCCCCACCCGGAUCACCUACCCACCUCCCCCGCAUCACCUCGUGACGCGGCCGCAUCACCACCGCAACGGCCGGAGGUGAUGCAGAAGCAGAGCCGGCUGCGGCCUUGGUUGUUUAGGUCUAGGGUUUAGGGCUCGGGGUUUAGGGUCGUCGAGGCCAGCCGGCGCGACGGCGCCGUCGCGCCGGCUGGCCUCGGCGAUUCUCUCUUCCUCGUGUGCUCUGUCCCUUCUCCGCUCUUGCGUGUCACCCUUUUGGCGCCCCCUUCUCGUUGGCCCUUCUGAAUGUUGUGCGCCCUUUGCCCCCGGCGUGCCUCCGUGCCUUAACUCCUUGCGGCAUUGCUUUGCGUGCCCCGUAGGUCGUUCCAUGCUCGCCACCUUAGGGCCGCCGGUCGACAUCUGGUGGCCGCGUACAUAGGCGCAUCUGUCAUGCAGGAUGAGGGCCCAUGUGCGUUGUGGCAGAUACCUGCUGGCUUCAUGGCCGCGAGGUAGAUCGAUGGCACAGAACGAAGCCAAGCAACAAGCAUCCAGACGCAGUCACGUUCUGGUCGACCAUCGCGGGGAAGUGCAACGUGGUGGGGAAGUGUUGGACGGCAGGGAGGUGGGGAAGAACCUCCCCACCUCCCCACUACUGGGGAGGCACCUCCCCACACGCGGGGAGGCACCUCCCCAGGGUGGGGAGGUAGGGAGGUGGGGAGGUGAUGCGUGGGGAGGUGAUUCACACCAUAACCGCAAAUAACAGUUCUUGCGCCGAUGAAUUGGGCCUGCACUACCAGCGGCAGCGCGUGAUGCGAGAUGUGCGGCAGGACGUGGAGCGGUUGGCUACGCUAGAGAGCAGGUUGCUGGUGGACGUGAAAAGAAUGGAGGAGAAGUUGGAAGUAUCCACAAAAAAAGACUCAGCAUCCCCAUCCAAUUUGGAUUUGCCAUGCUUGCAGAACAUGCAUCAACUCAUCCACAUCCAGUGUUUGGCAUGCAAAAUCAAGUGAACAAUGGGGAUCAUGGGUUCUUUCCUGAGGAUAGAAAGAGCAAAAGCUGGAAUUUGAAAGAAGCGAAGCGAAGGAGCGCAAGCGACAGCAGCACCAUCGGGAACUGCGGAAAAAGCUUGACGCGCUCUACCAAGAACGGGACGAGCAGCUGGAGGCCGAGGCCGCGUACGACGAGGAGAUUGCGGCUGAGGAGGAAAAAGCCCGUGAAAGGAGGAAACGCGAGGAGGCGAGAAAGCGACAAGAACAGAAGGUGAAAAUCGAAGCGUGGCGAAGAGACAAGGACUCGGCCGAAAGUGGAGAGAGAACAAAGAAAGAGCAGAGAGCUCCUGCAGGGGAUUUAUGCACAAAGCUGCGCGGCAACGAAAUUUUGUGGGAUGUGCAGCCCCCUCCACCGCCGCGGCAAAAAGCCUGGCUGCUCGGGGGGCCGGAAGAUGCAGCGUCGAAGGUGCAGGGAACACACUGCAGGAAGGUCAACGGGAAGGAGAAGUCGCAGUCGUCUUCUGCUCGCACAGCGGACGAGCCACCAGGUCCCUCUCAGAGAGAUGUUCUGCGAAACGAAAUUCGAAGGCACUUCAACGUGAAGGCACAAGAAUCAUCAAGUGCGAGUACUUCUGUGUCGAAUGAGCGCCCUGCUGCUGAUCGUCCUGCAAAAGGACCAGCAAAGGAAGCGCGAACAAAGAACAGUAAUGCUAACGCAGUAAAUGCAGCAGCAAGCGUAAGUGGAACACCAUUCAAUCGAAGUACUCGUCCGAACAGAGCGAAACUAGAAAUGAAUCUGAGCUAGCUAUACCCCCUGCCUUCGCGGCACACGACUAAUGUUUGACGUUGAUUGAAUUCCAGCGAAACAAGAACUGCUGCAGGAAAAAAACUCACUAUUCGCCUUUGCAGCACGAUGAAUUCUACUACUUUAUUUCGACAGAGAUCAGCAGCAUGCUCAUGCAGCGGGUUCGUUUUUGUUUUUCAUUUCUGUCUCUGUAGGUGUAGUCGUGAAGCUUUCAGCACGAGGCAAUCGCCGGAGCACUUGAAUAUAGAU